UCGGGACGAUUAUCGUGAUCAAUAAUAAACAAAAUGAAAUCCUUCAAUGCUUGUGUGUUUGCCGUGUGCGCUGUUUUGCUCGUAUCCUUGACGAAUGCGGCGCCAGUUGAUGAUUCUAAAAAUGCUGAAAUUUUGAAAUAUGAGAAUGAUAACAAUGGCCUCGGCAGUUACAACUUUGCAUAUGAAACAAGUAACGGAGUGUCUCGAUCGGAACAAGCUAGUCUAAACAACGUUGGCACCGAAAAUGAGGCGACCUCUGUGCAAGGAUCUUACAAAUGGGUAGAUCCCGAAGGUCAUAUUCAUACCAUUAACUUUGUUGCCGAUGAGAAUGGUUACCAACCAGAGGGCGAAGAUAUUCCUAAAGCUCAAGUUUAAUUCAUACUCAUGUAAAAUAAAAUCUUAAAUAUUCUUCAAAGUGUUAAAAAGUACUGUAUUUUAUUGGGUUAUCAAAUUGUCAGAAGUAAAUAAAAAUCUGUCCAUAAAACAAAA